AUGGAUGGUGCUCAAGGCCAGCCAGGCCAGCAGCAGCCGCAACAGCAGCAGCAGCCCAUGGUACAGCCACAGCAGCACUCCAACUUGAUUCGAACCGAUCAAGUCCAGAAACUCCCCCACCUGAAUGACCAGCAGAAGGCGCAGCACACACAGUUGGUGCGCAACCUGUGGGAGGCGCUGAACACCCGUGAUCCGCAGAGUCAUGAAUACCAAACUGCGCAUAUGAAGCUGUCACAGCUGUCGCAGAACUUGAUGAAGGGUAUGCGAAUGUUCCAACAGACCCGACAGCAAGCGCUCCAGCAGCAUCAAGCCCAAGCCGCCGCCGCGGUCGCCGCGCAACAGCAACAGGGCCAGCCUCAGCAGGGUCAGCCGGUCCAACGCACCCAGUCCAACAACCCGCAAAACCUCACCCAGUUGCUCCCCCAGAUCCAGGCCAAGGUCAGCGCGCUGAACUUCUACCUUCCUCCGAAUGUCACCCAGGAGCAGGUUCAAAACUGGAUUCCCGAGGCUCGCCUUCGAUAUGGUAUCGCGCUACAGAAGCAGGAGGUUGGGCGGGCUCGGAUCACAGACUUGCGCCAGCAGUUUGCGCAGCGACAGGGCCAGGGCAACAUGACACAGGAGGAAAUGCAAGAGUUCAAGACUCGACAGCUCGCGGCCGAGAAGCUGUUCCGGGAAGGUAGCGAGUUCCUUGUCAAGUUCAAGGAACAGCAGGAAAGCUUCAAGGCCCAGCAGUCCGGUCAGCAGAUGAGUCAACAACAGGGACAUAUGACGGGCGCACCUUCAAUACAACAGCCUGCAGUUCCCGCAGGAGCAGCAGCGAAUGUGGCCGCGCCGCAAGCUGCUCCUCCAAACCAGGCCGGUGUUGCGGCAAAUGCUAUGCCUGGCCAGGCUCCAGCUCCAGCACCCCACACCAUCAACUCGGCUGUAAAUGCGGCUCGUAGUCAAGCUGGACAGGCGAUGUCGCCGUCAACAUCACAACCAGGGCAGGUACCUUCUGCGUCCUCGGCCGGUGGGACGACACCCGCGCCUUCCAAUGCGCAACCACCAGUUCAGCGACCCCAACCACCAUCGCAACAGGGCACGCCCGGCGCGCAAGUGAGCUUUAGUCAAACCCCAAAUGCGGAUGGAUCCACGCCUACUCCAACUGGACCACCCCAGCCUAUGAACCAAGGACCCCCUCGACCUCUCUCACAACAAGCCGCGAUGCAGCAAGCUGCCAACUACAACACCAGCAAUCAAGGUCAGCAGCAGAACCAGCAAGUCAACCAGGCAGCAAACAAUCAGCAAAUUCACCCUCCCGGCUACCUUACCAACCGCUCAACAGAAACCCCCAACCGCAGCAUCAACAUGGUCAUCCCCAAGAACUUGAACGUCUCAACUCCCGAACCAGUCCCGAUGCCUAGCUCUCGCCCCACCUUCUCUGGCGGUCCCAGCCACAACCAGAUGGGUGUGAUGGGCCAGCCAGCCAUCCAGAAACACCCCGGCUACGUGCUCGAAGGUGAGGGUCAGCACGUCCUCAGUAAGAAGAUGCUCGACAUCCUCGUUCGCCAAGUCACCGGCGGCGGCGAGGGUGAGAUGCUAUCCCCGGAUGCAGAAGAGUUCAUGCUUCAGAUGGCCGAUGACUUCGUCGACGACGUGAUCACCCAAGCCUGCCGUCUGGCCAAGCUGCGCCCUACCUCGACCCUCGAGAUCCGCGACAUCCAGCUCGUGCUGGAGCGCAACUACAACAUGCGUAUCUCCGGAUUCGCAACCGAUGACCUCCGCACCGUCAAGAAGCCCCAGCCCACCCAGGGCUGGCUGCAAAAGAUGUCUGCCAUCCAGGCGGCCAAGGUCACCCAAGGCCGGUCUGAGUGA